AUAUCUGGAGUUAAAAGUUGUCUUUUCUGGGAGGAGCUAAACAAUCUUUGUGUCGGUCAGAAAACUGCAGUCGGAACAGACAGGAUCAUACCGUGAUGUCUCUCUGUCUCUAUUUAAGUCUGCGAUGGACGAACAGAUGCGGAUUGUUUUCCUUUUUAUUUUGAUAAGCUCAUCUGCUACUGAGAAAGUGAAGAACCUGACAGGCACUGAGGGAGGAUCCAUCACUCUACCUGACCCUGUGGUGAAGGAGGGAUUUCUCCUCUUUGGAGGAAAGACUGUUGCUAUGGUGAUUAACGGGAAUUCCAAGAUAUAUGAGGGAACUUUGAAGGACAAAGUUCUGUGGGACAAAAGCACUGGACUGUUUACAAUCACAGGACUGCAGAGGAACGACUCAGGGAUUUAUGUUAUUGACCCUAAAACAGGAAUCGCGUCCACUACAACCUAUCAACUCACAGUGUAUGAACCCGUCCCUCCUCCUGCAGUGAAGUCAGUGAAUGUGAGCACUGAGAGCUGCAUCCUGCUGUGUUGGGUGGAGAAAGCUGAAGGGACGACACUGCUGUGGUACAAAGACGAGGAAAUAGUGAACCAGAGCAGCUCCGCUUUCUCUCUGCCUCUCACUGUACUCAAGCAGGAUUUCAACUCCUCUUACAGAUGUGUGUCUGCCAACCCUGCUGAAAAGAAGACUGCUCUAGUCAAUGUUAGCACAACCUGCAGUGGACAGAUCAGCCCAGCCAACAAUAAACGGCAAUAUUUGGCUGCAAUUGUAAUCCCCAUCAUAUUAACUGUGAUUGUUGUACUUGCUGCCUUAAUCGUCAGGAGUUUGAACAAAAACAGGACCACAACCACACACACACAAGGCAGAUUCAGAGAGACACACAGAGGUGCUGUAUACUGACAUACAGAUAUUGGGAGACAGAGGGAGUCAGGGAGCACAUUUACCAGAUUCAUCAGAACCUGCUGACCGUUCCAAUCUAACAACAGUCUAUGAUAAACUAGAGGCUCAUCGGAUGCUUGAUUCAUAUACUGAAGGUUAGACACUGCGGAUCAUGUUCAUGACUAAACAAUGGACUGCCCAUAUACACGAGAAUGAUUCCAAUAUUGUCGCAGUUUGUAGGCAAUACAAAACUUAUGCAAACAUUUCAAGGUCGUACAGCGAUUUCAAACCAAACUGUGUUGUCAAAGCUCUCAGGUAUUAAAGAUGUAGGUGUAUGAAAGCAGACCACUGGCAGUAGCUCCUUCAAACUUGCUACAUUUAUUUCAAUAUGUUUUUUUUCCGGCUUUAUUGCUAAAGAAAUCGUUGAAUAAUGUCUGAUUGGGUUUGAGUUUAAAGUUCCAAAUUUGUUUAAAUUGGUCCAUUGUAUGUACAUAUGUAUAAAUAACAUAUAUAUGGUUAUUUAUUUUCUUAUCUUUUCAAUGUGUGUACAAUGUACUGCAUUUCAAAAAUCAUUUAAUCGACCUUGUGUUGAAAUAAAUAAAUGUCUUUGACUCCUUGUGCUAUCUAUGAGCCAGAUGAUAUUCAUCCUACCUACCUGUUUAGAAGAAGAACUGGUGCAUUAACAAUGUUCCUCUGCAUAAGUGUGAAAGACAAUAUGAUGCUGAUGGAAAAUGUAAAACAAUACAAUGCCGCUUAUUGAAAUUAAUUACACUUAACGUAAUCUCC